AUGACGAAAGAAGAGAGCGGAGCCGUGACCGAGCAGAAUCGUCUGCUGUCACGGCUGUUGUCGCUGCGCUGCACAUCUGCGGGUGAUGCGGGGGAAUCGUCUCGAUCGGCUCAAGCGCAGCGAGAUGUACUAGUCCGGGUGUCGGAUCAAGUGCCAGCGGGUCGAGGACUGGUUUACACAAAGGCGGUCAAGCCGGGGCAGGUGUUGCUCACGCUGCCCGCCGACUUGCUGCUCAACGUCAAAAGCUACGCGGACUUCUUUCAUCCAGAGACACUCCCGGCUGCAGUCAGUGUGGCAGGACCCUCGGUCAAGAUCGACAGUCGACUCUCGUCAGCACAACUGCUGUCUUUGCUGGUCGCACGUGCGCAGCUCGAGUCGGUGAGCCAGCAACAUGGCCGAGACGGCCAGCAUGCAACGCCAAAGCACCAAGCGCUCCGGCUUUUCGUCCAGACCCUGCCCAUCGAUUUCGGAACGGUGCCGCUUGUUUGGUCUAUCCAGGCUCACCAUAUCGAUCAGAAGGUCUCCAACGGCCAAGGCAGCAAAGACGCUUCGUGGAAACGUCGGUUCUUCCGAUCGCUUCUCGAGGCACUCCCGCGCCACAGCCAGGCACUUGAGUGCAACGUUCGAAGACGAUUCGAGCAGGACUGGUCCCGUCUGUGCCAGCUGCGAGACUCGAAUAUCGACCUGCUAGCCGAACCAGCGCUGCUCUCUUCCAACCCGGAACUCGCCCGUCGAAUCGUGCGCUCGAUCGACGUCGAUUUGUUUCUCUGGGCCUGGCUCUGCGUCAACUCGCGCUGCGUCUUUCUCCCGCUCGGCCUCGCCGAUCAUGCCGACAACUUCACGCUCGCGCCCGUGCUCGACAUGGCCAACCACACGCCCGACCCAGCGCUCGAGUGCAAGGUGCGCUAUGCCACAAAUGGCGGUCUCGAGCUCUGCGCACCCAGCCAUUCGCGAGAGUCCCAGUCCGGCUCCAGUGCAGCUACAAUGAUGCCUGGAGACGAGUGCUUCAUCACCUACGGUCCGCAUUCCAACGAGAAGCUCCUCUCGGAAUACGGCUUUGUGCUGUCACCACGGCUACAUUACCGUGAUGACGCUGCCGAAGCGCCUUCGCAAAGUGAGGGCCGCUGGCGGGGCAGCCGAUACGUGGACGUUCUCAUGGAUCAGGAGGUCGAAGCGAUUCUUGCAGCCCAAGGCAGCAGCGGCCAGGACAAGAUCGAGCUGCUACAAAAUCGAGGCUACUGGGGCGAUUUCACCAUCCACCCUUAUCCAGAGCCGGCCCAUCCCUCGCAUCGCCUCAUUCCCGCGCUCCGACUCGCGGCACUCGACAUGCACCCACCCGCGUCGCAUCCAUCGCAGAGCUACAAGGUCGCAAAGGUCAAGUCGCAUCCCGGCGUCAAGGCUGGCAAAAAGGCCUCGUAUUCGCCACACCUCAGCACCAAAGACUCGUCGGACCUUGACAAGUGGGAGGAAACGCUGACCGGCUAUCGAGAAAAUGUGUCGGAGGAGAACGAGCAGCGUGCUCACGUCCUGCUUGUCGAGCUGUGCGAAGCUCGUCGGGCGCAUACCGAAGAGGCUCGCCGACACCUGGCCGAGGCGCAAAGCAUCCUCGACGGCGCCUCGGAAGCAGAAAGCCGAGUGACAUCAACCACAAGAACCCCAUGCAUCGAACCAGACAUGCAAGGCUGCGUGCUCUCCCUCGCCUUUGUCAGGCAGCUGCUCGAUGAGGAAGAGUCAGUGCUGCGCCGCGUGAGCCAGGCCGCGCGCGACCAGGUCGAGUGGUGA